AUGUCGCUGCUGCUGCUGCUCUCUCUGCUUUUACUCGCUGGUUUCUCUUCUGCCGCAGACAAUUGUGAAGUGUGUGUGGGUUUCCUCCAUAGACUCUACACCGGUCUGACGUCCAGACACAAAGAACUGAGUCCAGCUUUGGUGGAGAAAGAGCUGUUCCAGAGCUGCUCGGUGGCUCGAGGAAAAGAGGCACGACUGUGCUAUUACCUGGGGGCCAGCAGUGAUGCAGCAACCCGAGUCACAGCAUCUGUGUCCCAACCCCUGUCCUCCCACGUCCCUGUCGAGAAGGUCUGCCAGCGUCUCAGUGACAAAGACACGCAGAUCUGCCAGCUCAGAUAUGAGCCUCAGCCGAGAGACCUGAGCAGCGAGGGACUGAAGAAGAUGAGGGUGGUGGAGCUGAGGAACAUUCUAGCUUCGUGGGGAGAGGAGUGUCGAGGGUGUCUGGAGAAACACGAGUUUGUCAGUCUCAUUGUGGAGACAGCUCCUCGGCAUGUCCAGACAGCAGAACUCUGA